CUUAACCGAUACCGGUCACGUGACUAAUCGUCGGUUAGCGCGAACACGGCGUAUUCAUGGACCCGAAUUUCGCUAACCGAUGACCUAUAACCGACGCUAAACUUAAAGGUGGUGACCCCCGCCGUUAAAUCGCGAAACCGACGAUUAAAGAUGGCGGCGAUUAUUUUGUUCAGAGCAAGGCAGAGGCGUGUUUUGAGGAGAGAGAGAGUUUUUCGCGAUAGAACUAACCCUAUCGAUAAGUAUGAUGAUGUGGAACUGUUGUGCAAGUUCAGAUUUAGCAGACAACACAUUCUGGGCCUCACAGAUGUCGUUGAAAACCAACUUAUACAUGUGAACCGCAUGGGUGCUCUUCCUCCAGUGCUACAAGUGUGCUUAGCACUGAGGUUUUAUGCCACAGGCAGUUUUCAAGAUGUGUGCGGAGAAUUAUUGAAUGUGAGCCAACCUACAGCAUCAAGGACUAUCAGUGCCGUGACACAAGCUCUGCUCAGUCUUGUACCACAGGGGAUUCGUUUUCCGAAUCAAGACGAGGCAGAGCUUCAGAAAGCAAAAUUUUAUGGAAUAGCACGAUUCCCUGGCGUCUUUGGGUGUGUGGAUGGAACUCACAUUCCAAUCCAAAGUCCACCCGAAAACGAGCACGAGUAUGUAAAUAGGAAGAAUGUACAUUCCAUUAAUGUGCAAGUAAUCUGUGAUGGGGACAUGAUAUUUAUUGAUGUUGUUGCAAAGUGGCCUGGCAGUGUGCAUGAUGCCAGGGUCCUAAAGGAAUCUGGGAUCUUUAAUGCCAUGGAGCAAGUAAAUCAGCCUGUCAGAGGAUACCUCCUUGGUGAUUCUGGCUACAUGCUUAGAACGUGGCUGCUAACACCAAUCCUAAAUCCCUUGACUAGGUCAGAGCAGCAGUACAAUAAUAGUCACACCUCCACACGUUCCACUGUGGAGCGUGCCAUUGGAGUAUGCAAGAGGAGAUGGAGCUGCCUUAGAAAGCUUCGAUUAUCACCUGCAAAGGCCUGUGAUGUGAUAACUGUAUGUUUUAUGUUGCACAACCGUGCUCGGCGGCUCAAUCUCCCUGAGCCUUAUGAUGAUGAGAGCAAUAAUGAUAACUCUUCAGAUGACGAAGAUGAUGAUGAUAAUGGCAACCUACAUGCAUCUGAACGGGCACGCACAGCUGCAGGAAAAGCCGAAAGACAGAGAGUGAUCAACACGUACUUUUAAGGUGCCUGGCAUGAUGGGAUCUGUGCCUCAACAUCAUUCAGUGGUUGCACCUCAACUGCUUGCAAUACUUCUGGAGACUCUGCAAGAAAACAGUUGCAAUGGGAAAUGUAAUUCUGUAAACUCUAAAAAUGCAACAAAAGACAAUGUUUGUGGACAAAAAAGAAAGCUGUGCAGAAAAGUGCAAAAUUUGUUACUUGUGUUACAAUUAAAAAAGCCUAAUACUGUA